AUGCCCACAUCCCAUGCAGCCCGCAAGAAGUUUCGCUCGUGCGGCUCCAUCCAGACCGAGCCCACGCGACUCCUAGACUGGGCAGAAGACGAUGCCAAGCUAUCAGUGCUCCAAGUUACAGAUCAGCCGAGUCUUCUUUUCAUGUGCAACGGCAUCAGCGGUGAGCGGGUGCCGCUGCGCCUGGUUCUGGCACUGCGAGUUGCCGCCGUGAAGCAGGUGGCCGAAGGCAUCUUUGGAAUCCCCGCAGAGGAGAUGACCCUUUCCUACAAGGGCCGAAUCCUCGGAAAUCGCCAGACCCUACUGGAUGGCGGCGUGGAAGCACGGCAGUGCAUUCAUGUUACGAUCGCGACCGGUGUCGGCCACGCACGCCUUCUGGAUAUCUUAAUUGAUGCGACUCGAUCUGGUAUUGCGGAGCCUUUUGUCAUCCAGUUAAAGCCAUGCGAUCUUGUCAUCCACGCAAAGACAAAGAUUGCUGAGCUCACUGGCUUGAAGCUGGAUAGUCAACGCCUGACUCUCAGCGGCCAUACCUUGGCAAACGAACGACGGCUGUCCGAUUGUGGAAUUCGGGAGAACUCCAUCCUCCAAGUCACCUGUACAAAUGGGGCCGCCAGUGCGCCGAAUCCGUCCGUUGCAGUGUCUGGCUGCCGAGCACCCAGAGCUCAGUUGGAUGCCAGUGCUAAGAAGCAUCGUUGUCAAGGCGAGAGUCUUUUCUUGACGAUUCUGCAGACAUGGCCACCGCAACGCAAGCAGCGUCUUUGGUUGCAGAAGGCUCGUACUAUUGGCCAACUCAAAGAAAAACUCAAAGACUUCUUCCAAGUGAGCCCGGAGCAGCAAAUACUGUUCCAUACAGGCAGAAGACUCCAGAAUCAGCACACACUCGAAUUUUACAAUUUGGAGGGGGGCGAGUGCAUCCAGCUGAUGUUGCAGGGGGGACCCCGUGUUGCAGCAGGACCUGUGGCCUUGCGUGCAGAGAGUCCCACAUUCGUCACCCUUCCUCUGCCUCCCCAGCCUUCGAGCGUGAGAGAGGUGCCGGAGUGGUUCCCCCGCUUAUUGCACCCGCCUGGCACGCAAGAAGUGGAGGCGCAACCUCCAGAAGUGUCGGAGGCUAGCCGGCGAGAACCGCAGAGCGAUAUUAUCACUGGACAUGUAAUCGCUGGAGAGCCAGUCCAAACGCAGCAUCCUGUGCUGAAGCCCGAGUUUGAUUCAGCAGAUGACGUAGAAACCAUGCCGUUGGAGGAGCCUUGUCCAACCGCCCCGCAGAGUGUAGAUGGAAGGGAUGCAGUGGGAGAGCUGGUGCUGCAAGCGAGCAUGGCCCUGCUCUCUCAUGCCAUGGGACUGCAGGAUGAUGGAGUUGGACCCACGGCCAAUUUGCGAAGUUCGUGCUUCUGCACGAGCGCAAGAUGUGAGUUUGGCGAUGUCAGGACCAUCAUGAUGUCUUCCGUUCUCGACUUUACCGGAACCAUCUCGUGUGUCUUGGCUUUGGAGGCGUUACGCAGCGUUCAGGUGCUCGCUACCGCCACCGCCAGGGCCGCGCCCGCCACCACCACCGGUCGCGCCGGUGGCGCCGCAGUGUCCCCUGUAGAGGCUAUGCAAGCCUACACCAAGAACGUCGAAGAACAACGGCGGGAUCGGCUCCGAGUCCGGAGCAUGGCAACCACAACCUUGGCCUCUGCUUUGCCGAGCUCUCCAGGCCAGAGAGAUCAUUGCUGCCGACAGAGCAGAGCUCAAAAGGGCCUGCUUGAGAUCGACGCAGUGGAUCGCCAAAGCAGGAGCGUGGAGCUUCAUGGCGGCCAUGAGGCCACGUGUGAAGGAUCCGAGCAGAUCUCAGCGGGGCUGCUGCGACCAGACGCCACCACGGCUCCCACAAGGAUCUGCCAGAAAUGCCCUGCUGACAAGGGUCACCGCAUUGGUGCCCUCCUGAAAGGCUUACACAGGCUGUUGCAGCGCUUGAAUCACCAGGUGCGCCGCACCGUGCUGGAAACGCGAUUCACAGAAGCUCAACGCUAUGACUUCGAGCGCUGGAUGUUGUCUCGCUCUGUGGUAUCGUGCAGAUCGCCUCUUCCGAGGUCAGCGACAAACAGCGAGAGGACACUGUGUAAGCAGGACGUGCGGAAGGCAAGAAAGAAGCAUCAGAAGCCAUCCAAAAGCUCCAAGAAGGCCUCACUUGCAGCUUUGUGCAGACUCAAGAACGGUCUUCCGCAUCAGCCGGGACUGAUCGUCCACUCUCGCCAAGGCAGAGAGGAGCGAUACUACUCCGUGGUGCUGACUGUCGGACGCAUCCGCCUCCUCACACGAGAGCAUCGUGAUCUUCAGGUAGUGAAAGUAUUUCACGCCGCUUUGGUUGCCUUCAAGAAGCGUAUGGAGGGUGUUGCACAGGCUUCUUUCGAAGAGAGGUUUCGACAAGAAUUGAGAUCAUCUCUGGAUGAACACAAGCUGAACCCCGGCGCCAUGGGUCUGCGCUUUUGCAUUUGCUUGGCUCCUCUUUGGUCCAGGCCUUUGGUGACUCCGCCAUUCCGGGCGGAGGGUGAGGCUCUGGACGCCGGUCUCCUCGCCUGGAGGCGCCUGGGAGAGGCCCGUGGCUGGGUGCCCCGCCGGGGCUCCGUCCUCCAGGCCGGGAUUGGAAACGAAGACUACGAUUACACUACGAUUGGAUUUCGGCUUUCUGCUCCUUGCAUGGGUUGUUGUUGGUAG